CAGUGGGAAGUCGAGUACGUCGCCGCCUACUUCUCUCGCGAAACAUGCCGCGAUUCUUCUUACGUUAUUGCCGACAUUGCCCGUCUGGUUGGUCUCGCUAGAGGGACGGCAAGUGAAGAAGAGUGUCUGGGUGAACUCAAGGACAAGCUCGACAUUACACCCAUCAAGAAGCGCCUCGAGCCCUUCCUCAAUCCGAUCCUUCCACGUCACACGAUCCGUGUCCAGAUUGGUGGGGUGGAAAGCCAGACCCUUGGCCCUUCUACGUCCUCCGGUAUCUCUUCCGAUCUGCUUCGCUUGCAUUUCGAUGCGCCGGCUGGAACUCAGCUCACCACAACCGCCUACCCCGAAUCAUCACCCUGCUUCGCCGUACCUGGUCGCACCGUCCUCGCUGAGCCCACGGGAUGGGGCGUCAUCUCCGACAUUGACGAUACCAUCAAGAUUACUGGUACUCUCAAUCCCAUCACUGUCCUCAAGACGACCUUUAUCGACACCCCGAUCCCGGUGUCAGGCAUGCCCGAGCUUUAUGCCGACCUGGUCAAGCUCCUGUCCGACCCCAUCUUCUUUUACCUCUCAGGCUCUCCAUACAAUCUUUACCCGUUCUUGCGCAGCUUUCGCAAAGAGCACUUCCCCGAUGGUACCAUGAUCCUCCGUGACGCUUCAUGGCAGAACUUGGGAGGUCUGAUCAGCAGCCUUUCGGUCGACGUCCAGAAGUACAAGGUGGACAGGCUGGAGAAGAUGCACACUUGGUUCCCCCAACGCCAGUUCAUCUGUAUUGGUGACAGCACCCAGAAGGACCCAGAGUCAUACGGCGAAAUUGCAAGACGUCAUCCUGGUUGGAUCAAAGCCAUCUACAUUCGCCGCGUGCCAGACGAGAACGAGAUACAGGAAGCACUCAACCCCAGCCGUAACUCGAGCGCACGUUUCGAAGACGCAUUCAAAGGACUGGAGAGCACGAUGUGGUUAGUUUUCGAUCAUGCUGACGAGAUGAGAAGAAACAUUCAGCUGUUGGUGAGGUAG